AUGGGUAAUGUUGCUUCUUGUACUCCAACCAAAGGUGUGUUCAAGGUGUUACUCUUAGAUGGAAGAAUAGAAGCAUACACAAAAGCAAUAAAAGCUGCAGAGUUAAUGGUAGAAUAUCCCGGACAGUUUGUUUGUGACUCAAGCUACCUCAAAGUAGGACAUCGAAUUCAAGGACUAUUAGCCGACGAAGAACUCGAAAGGCGCAAGUUUUACUUUCUUCUACCAAUGGAGCUGCUAUACUCAGUUCUAACUCAUGAAGAAAUGAGUUCUCUUAACUAUAAAGCGUCGAGGGCGACGAAGCAUGCGAGUUUGAACAACUUGGGAAAGAUAUUUCCUGUUUUUAGUGAGUUUUGCAUGUUUCCUAAUUCAGAGGCAAAGAGAGUAGUAUUUGAAGAUGAUAAGUAUGAGGUGGUAAUGGAGACAGAGCAUGUUCAAAGGUACUGCAAGCAGAGAUCUUGGAAACCAGCUCUAGACACAAUUGAUGAAACUCCAUGA